CACGUGUAAGACACUCAUCUGAAAGAAGAAGCUUCUCUCAAGAAUAUACUGUUACAGUAAUCGUCUUUGAAUUUCAGAACGUGUUCAUUUCAACCCAAAGUUUCAUUCAUCCUCUCAUAUCUUCAUAUAAAUACCUCAGCUCAACCUUAUCAAUAACCAAAUUGAUUGCUAAGUCGGUCUCUUUAUCCAAUUCAAAAUGAUAAGAAAUUCUUCGUCAUCCUGGUCUCGCGGAGAAGACAAGCUCUUCGAGCGAGCACUCGUCUUAUUUCCCGAUGAAACUCCGCGCAGAUGGGAAAAGAUUGCCACCCAACUCCCCGGCAAGACAUGGUUUGAUGUCAAGAAACACUACGAUGACUUGGUUUACGAUGUUGAGGAGAUUGACUCAGGCCGAGUCGAGCCGCCGAGUUACGGAGAUGAUCAGUUUAAUUCGAGUUGGGGGUCUGAGUCAGGAACGAGUCAGGUCUGGUUUGGGUCAAAUAAAGGGAAAGAAAAGGAAUCGUCGGAGAGAAAGAAAGGAGUUCCUUGGACUGAAGAAGAGCACAGGCUGUUUCUAAUUGGAUUGCAAAGAUAUGGUAAGGGAGAUUGGCGGAGUAUAUCAAGAAACGCAGUAGUGUCAAGAACACCAACUCAGGUGGCGAGUCACGCGCAGAAAUAUUUUCUUCGGUUGAACUCGGUCAAGAAGGAUAAGAAGAGGCCCAGCAUUCAUGACAUUACCAGUUCAGCUAAAUCUUCAAUGGGUAAUUGGACCAAUGAGUUUAUGGACCCAACAGCAACUUAUGAUGAUCCAGAAAGCCCACCAUCUUCUGAUUUUCAUGCUUUUGGAUUCCAAAUGUAAAAAUUUAGAGAUUGUAUAAUGUGAUGCCAAGUGUAAUUGUCUCACUUCAGGUGAGUCAUGAUAUAAGAUACAAACAAGUGUAUGAUAUGAGGUGUCAUGCAAUAGCGUAUUAAAAAAGUGUAGAUAGUAAAACAAGAUUAUCAAGUUA